UGCAGAAAAAUAUCAACCACCAUAUCCAAGUUCUCUGAAACGCGUUUUUUCUUGCUGCCAAUCUGCUCGAUUCCGCCAACAACUCAUCUCUCUCUUCCAUCUUCUUGCAAUCGCUGCUCGAACUCUUCCUCACAUACUUCAAUUUUGUUUAUCGUUAUUUUUUUCUGCGUAUACUUUUGUUUUCUCUAUAUAAUUUUGUUGUUAGUUGAUCUUGAAAUUGGUUAUGGAUGCAGGAAAUCUGUCCGUCGAAUCAUCUUCUCUUUCUCAUGGCAAGCAUCGAAGGAGGAGUUCUCGUGAUGAAAAUUUGGACCGGUUCAUACCAAAUCGUGCUGCAAUGGAUUUUGACUAUGCAAACUACAUGCUUUCGGGAAGGAAGGUUGAAAACAAAAGUACAUCUCCAUGUUCACCUGCUAAAGAAUCUUACAGGAAGCAGCUUGCAGAAAUCUUCAACAUGAACAGGACACGGAUCCUUUCAUUCAAAAACAAACCACCCUCUUCACUCAAUAGUCUCAAAGAGACUUCCCCAGUUUCCCCUAAGUUGAGAUCCCCAAAGCGUUGUGCCAGACAUAUUUCACAAUCUAGUGAAAGAACUUUGGAUGCACCUGACAUUGUAGAUGACUACUAUUUGAAUCUACUUGAUUGGGGUGUCACAAAUACGCUUGCUAUUGCUCUUGGAAAUACUGUUUAUCUAUGGGAUGCUUCACAUGGGUCAACCUCUGAACUUUUAUCAACCGAUGAUGAUAGUGGCCCUGUUACAAGUGUCAAGUGGGCCCCAGAUGGAAGACACAUUGCAGUCGGCUUCAACAAUUCCAAGGUUCAGCUCUGGGAUGCCUCCAUUUCCACAAAUCAACCGCUGAGAACAUUACAAGAAGGACAUGGAGGAAGGGUGGGGUCACUCGAUUGGAACAAUCACAUACUGACAACAGGAAGCAUGGACAGUUUAAUCAUCAACAAUGAUGUGAGAAUAAGAUCACCUAUCAUUGAAACAUACAGAGGCCAUCAUCAAGAAGUUUGUGGACUAAAAUGGUCAACAUCCGGUCAACAGCUGGCGAGUGGUGGCAAUGACAACCUUAUCAAUAUAUGGAGCCUCCAAUCAAAUCGAAGGGUCCACCGCUUUUCUGACCAUACUUCUGCUGUAAAAGCCUUAUCUUGGUGUCCAUUUCAGAGCAAUUUACUGGCUUCUGGUGGUGGAGUAGGAGACCAGUGUAUAAAGUUUUGGAAUUCAAACACGGGUUUGUGCUUGAAUUCUGUCAACACGGGAUCACAGGUGUCAUCUUUGUUGUGGAGUAGACAUGAAAGUGAGCUUUUGAGUUCUCAUGGGUUUAAUGACAAUCAACUUAUUCUUUGGAAGUACCCUUCUAUGGUUAAGUUGACUGAACUCCAUGGCCAUACUUCAAGGGUGCUAAACAUGACACAGAGUCCUGAUGGGUAUAAAGUUGCAUCUGUGGGUGCUGAUGAGACGCUAAGAUUGUGGAAUGUUUUUGGUACACCAGAAAUGAGUAAGAGUAAGCAAGAUGCAGCAAAGGCAGAAGAACCAUUUGCUUCUUUUGCACGUAUUAGAUGAACUAGUUUUUUGUAUAAAUUGUGAAUUUCGUAUGGAACAGAUUCUUGCUUUUAUAUAACUAGUUAGGUCUUGAAAUGUGGUUUUUUGAAUAUACGAUUGACAUCCUCAUUUUCAUUAUUGGCAAAAUUGACCCCUUUGUACA